UUUGGGUCGACGUGUGCAAACGCAGUGCAGCCCUUGACCGCGUAUCUAGCAGCAAGUGUAAUAUUUAUAAAGUGUCCAUUGCAUUUUCGAGUUAAAGAGUUAAAAAGUCAAAAAUGGCAGCAGACUGGGAAGAAAUUAGACGUUUAGCUGCAGAUUUCCAAAGAGCACAGUUUACAGACACAGUACAGAGAUUGUCUGAGCGGAAUUGUAUUGAGAUUGUUGCCAAGCUGAUUGAGGACAAACAAUUAGAUGUUGUUCACACACUGGAUGGGAAGGAGUAUGUCACACCAGCUCAGAUCAGCAAGGAAAUCCGUGAUGAGCUCUAUGUCCAUGGAGGCCGGAUAAACAUUGUGGAUCUGCAACAGAUCCUUAAUGUUGAUUUAGUCCAUGUGGAGAACCGUGCCAGUGACAUUGCGAGGUCUGACAAAUCCAUUCAGCUGGUUCUGGGGCAACUCAUUGAUGAGAACUACAUGGAUCAGCUUGCAGAAGAGGUUAAUGAUAAACUCCAAGAAGCUGGUCAAGUCCGUAUUGCAGAGCUUUGCAAAACCUACGAUCUUCCUGGAGAUUUCCUGACAGAGGUGCUGUCGCAGCGACUUGGCAGGGUAAUUCAAGGCCAGAUGGACCAGUAUAACAGGGGAGUAAUAUUUACUCAGGCCUUCCUGGCUCGACACAAAGCUCGGAUUUGCGGGCUGUUCACUGCACUCACUCGGCCAACACAAGUAAAUAAUCUGAUUGGCCUCUAUGGGUUCCAUGAACAUCUGCUGUAUUUGGUGUUGGAGGAGCUGGUGAACGGUGGCCGCCUCAAAGGCACGGUUGUUGGCGGGAGACAGGACAAGGCUGUCUACAUUCCUGACAUCUACUCUAAAACGCAGAGCACCUGGGUGGACUCAUUUCUUGCCCAGAACAAAUAUUUGGAAUUUGAUGCUUUAACCAGGCUUGGCAUCCCCGAUCCUAUCGGCUAUAUUAAGAAACGAUUCAAGUCCCAAAAGUUGCUGUUCUUGCAAGCCACCUGCGUGGCCCAGUCGAUCAUCGACCAGGUGGAGGCAUCUGUUGAAGAGGCUGUGAGCUCUGGGACUUGGAUUGAUGUUCAGACAAUGCUCCCAAGCUGUCUGUCCACAGAAGACACUGGGAUCCUUUUGAACCAAGUCAUGAGAACCGCAAACGUGCAGUCGUCUGCCAGAAUCCUCUGUGACACCAUUGUGGUCAGCGAGAAGUUUGUGAGUGGCUGCAAGGCUCUCUUUGACCAGGCCAUGCAGCAGAAAGCUCAGAAGGAAAUCAAGAACAACCCAGUGUUUUUAAUAACUGAAGAUGACCUCAAACAAUCCUCUCUGCUCAUGGACAUGUCAGCUGCUUCAAAGAAGGACAAGAGGGAGGAGCGGAGGAAGAAAGCAGCAGAGGGCAGUGGGAGCAUGAAAGGUGGAGGAGGCGGCAAUGCCAGAGAGAUUCGAAUCCGGAAAACCAAGAAGAAAGGACGGAGAGAUGACGACAGUGAUGAGGAAGCCGGGACAGCUCCAUCUAACCGAAACAAACAAGCUGAAGUCGUCUUCAUGUCCCUGGAUGAAGUGGCAGCUGUUCUUGAGGAGCAUGUGUGCGACUGCCCCGAUGAGAUGAUCACUGAGCUAGCUGAGCAGUUAAUGAGGCCUUUGACAAAGCAGUACCAGGAAGUGGUCCGUGCAGCUUUCUUGUCUUCAAGCAGCAUGAGCUCUGGAGCCAGCCGAAAACAAAGCGUGAAGGAGCUACAGGAGGAGAUCACCAAUCUAUACAACAACAUUCGGCUCUUUGAAAAGGGGGCAAAAUUCUUCUCAGAUGAAACGCAUGCAAACAUUGCGAAACAUGUCCUGAGAACAAUUUGCACAGACGUCACAAACAUUCUCCUCAACUUUGUUGCUGCGGAGUUUAUGACAGCUGUGGACUCUCCCAGGUCAAUCACAAAUGAGGUGAGACUGAAGAUUUUAACGAAACUGCAAGAGGAGACCAAGGAGCCAUUGAUGAAAUUGCAUAACUCCCUGAAUGGAAAAAGCAUUGAGGACUUCCUGAUCUACUUGGAACCCUGUGUUGAAGUCUGUGGCUUCAUGCUGAAGAAAGGGGAUAAGAAGAGAGAAAGGCAGGCUCUCUUCCAGCACCGGCAGGCCCUCAUGGAGCAGCUGAAGAUGACGGAGGAUCCAGCUUUGGUGCUCCACCUGACCAGCGUGCUGCUCUUCCAGCAGAUCCACCAGUGUGCACUACACGUCCCGGGUCGCUGUGUGCCUCAUGUCAUCAGCUCACUCGUUGGUCGCAUCUCUGAGGAUCAGCGCAAGCUGCUGUCCCAGUACCAGACUCUGGUUGUGAAGCAGCUGGUGGGCCAGGGCAAGAACACAAGGGCAGCCCCUGGGGAGGACGAAGGGGAGCGUGGGACACCCGGUAAUGGUGGCGAGAUGGAGGAGGUCCGAAAGGAACUGCUCUCCCUCACUGGUGAAGUGAAGCAGCUGGUCUUGUCAGCACGGAAGACGUCCCUCACAGAGGACUGAAGUGUAGCUCUGUGGAAUACAUGUGUUAAUAAAGGUGUUAAAAUCUGCAUUGUUGCUCUCCUCAUGGCUGAUCCUCAAGGUGCUUUUUACUUCAGUUGUGGUAUAUAUUAACGUGAACAGAAAAACUUGCAAUACACAGUUUUACUUGGUUCCUGGGUAGGGUGCUCUCAUUUUUUUUCCCUUAAGAAACGUGGUAUUAAUUGCAGUCUUUUUCCACAGAUGAAUUUGUAUAUUCAGGGCUGUAUUUAAAACUUUUUGUACAUGUACAGGAAGUGUGGUGCCACAGCAAUUUAGAGCUGUGAGGAACCAGCGUUAAGGGGUUUUGAUGUGGGUCCAAAUCUAGCUCAGUGUGUGGAGUUUGCUUUUUUUUUUCCUGUGUCCAUGUGGGUUUUUGGCUGUUAGUUGCCACCCACACUCUAAAAACAUGCUUUGAGUGAAUCGAUAACUUUAAAUUGUCCUUAGCAUGAGUGAAAGGAUAUGUGUGUGACUGACCU